CUCAGUAGGACAGCUUCAAGAUGGCGCAGGCAAUAUUUGAGGUACUCGAAGGCAUGGAUAACCAGACAGUGUUGGCUGUUCAGUCACUACUCGAUGGUCAAGGCGGAGUACCAGACCCCAACAAUCAAAAUGUCUCUGGGAGCUCCACUAUCCAGCCAAUGGAUGACGAGGAUGUGUUUUUGUGUGGGAAGUGUAAGAAGCAGUUCAACUCACUCCCUGCUUUCAUGACGCACAAGAGGGAGCAGUGCCAGUCCAAUGCCCCAUCCCUGUCCACUGUGUCUCUAGCCUCAACCAAUGUCUACACCCCUGUCCCAUCUAUAAACUCUGUACCACAGGCGUCUACCAACAGACAGGUGUCCACUUACAUCACAGUGCCCCCCUCUCCUCUAACUCACACUCUGGUCCAGGGAAAUGUUCUGGUCAGUGAUGAUGUUCUCAUGUCAGCCAUCUCUGCCUUCACCUCUAUCGAGCAGCCUAUGGCCAGCAUGCAGGCACCAGUACAGAGCAACUUGAGCAUGCAUACUGCCGGAGUGUCGUACCUUCAGCACCACCAUCAUCAUCACCACCACCACCAUCACCAUCCCCAGCAACCCCAGCAACAGCAGCAGCCUCAGCCCUCCCAGCAGCCCCAGCAACCCCAAUUACCCCCAUCCCAGCAGAAUCUGUCCUCUCAGGUCCCAGCCAGCCAUAGCAACUCAGUGGUGCAAGUAUACAGCGCAUUACCACAUAUGAGCACAGGAGCCAGUGCAGAGAUCCACACUCUAGGAGUUCAGCCAUUUCAUCCUGUACAGGUGCCUAGUCAGUGUGUAGGGAGUCAGUCCUUUACCACCCCUCCAGUCUAUAGUCCUGGAAAACAAGGUUCCAAAACCAAAACAUGCAGCAUCACCACUAACAUGAACGAGAUGGGAGAAUUUGAAAAAGUAAUUAUUCCCAAACGCCCAAGAAGCAGCAAGAAAGGCACAGAAGGGGCUACAGAGCAUUUAAAAGGUAAGGGUCCAAAGCUUAAGUGUAAUUUCUGCGACAAAAUAUUCUCCAAAAACUUUGAUCUACAGCAGCACAUACGAAGUCACACCGGAGAAAAACCAUUUCAGUGUAUUGUCUGUGGCCGUGCAUUCGCCCAGAAAUCCAAUGUGAAGAAACAUAUGCAAACUCACAAGGUGUGGCCAAUGGGAGCAGCCAGCACAGUUUCUAGAUCUCCAGUCACAGUCAAAGUGGUGCCAUUGUUAGAUGAUGGCAAUGACGAACAACAGCAGCAGACAGAACAAGAAGGGGAGAAGCCUCAACAGCAGAACAUCCAAUCACAGGCUGAGGAGCAGGAGGCACAGACAGAAGCUGCUAGGGAACUGGAAGAAAGUGUGACAUCGAUGCAAGCAGAUCCAGGAGCAAACCAAGAAGACACAGCUCAGAAUGAACAAUCACAAAUCCAGAACCAAAGCUUGAACACGCAAAACCAACAGAAUCAAACUCAGUCCAAACAGAUGGUGCUGAUAGACAGCUCCUACCAGUGUCAGUUCUGUUCAAACAAGUUCAAAACUUAUUUUCAACUUAAGUCUCAUCUUACCCAACACAAAGGAGAACAGGUUUAUAAAUGUGUGUUAAAGUCCUGCUCACAGACCUUUCAGAAGCUGGACCAGUUUCUGGAGCACAUCCGGACACACCAGGAGCAGCUGACAUAUCGCUGUCACCUCUGUAACAAAGUGUUCCCCUCACUGUUUGAGCUGGGGGUCCACCAGUACUCUCACUGCUUCUGUCCCCAACAGAGCACACGCAAAGAGGCCACUGUCUACAGGUGUCUAAAGUGUCAAAGCAGAUAUUCUACACAAGAAGCCCUAGAACAACAUCUCCUCACUGCGUCACACAGCUUUCCUUGUCCACACUGCCAAAAGGUGUUCCCCUGUGAGAGGUACUUUAGGCGCCACCUCCCCACCCAUGGCAUUGGACGAAGGUUCAAAUGUCAGAUCUGUAAGAAGGCUUUUAAGACAGAGCACUACCUUAAACUGCACUCAAGAAUUCACUCAGGAGAGAAGCCAUACAAGUGUUCAUUAUGUGAUGCCACAUUCAACAGAAAGGACAAAGUCAAGAGACAUAUGCUCAUUCAUGAACCCUUUAAGAAGUACAAGUGUCCUUUUAGAACACAUGUGGGCUGCACAAAAGAGUUCAACAGACCAGACAAACUCAAAGCACACAUUCUGUCUCAUUCAGGUAUCAAGCCAUACAAGUGUAUUUUCUGUCAGAAGGCCUUCAGUCGGAGAGCCCACAUGUUGGAGCAUCAGCAAUCCCACACAGACAACUACCGCUUUAGAUGUUCCUCCUGCAACAAGGGCUUCACCAGACAGAGCUACUACAGGGACCAUAAAUGUCCAGCUCUUGGGAGUGGGCCAGGAACUGAAGAUGAGGCAGGGGAGGCAGACGACGAGAAGAAUGGGGAGGACAACAGUAAUGAUGAAAGACAAUUUACAAACCAUCAAGUGGAGGGGGGUUCAGAUGAUGUGCAAAUAAGUGCACCACAGAAGGAGAAUGAAGAGAGGUCAGAGAGUGAUGAAAACUGUCAAGCCGCCAUGUCCAUUGUGGAACUACAGCAAAGAGAAGAUGGGGAGAUGGAGCAGGGAAACCAAGACCUGGAGCAGAACUGUUUACAGCAGCCAUGUUUGUAGGCCACAGUUUAAAAAGUAUUGGUACUAAUGUAUUUGUUAUUUAUAUGUAUAUGUUGAAUAUAUUAUUUUUAAUAUCCAAUAUAAGCUAUCAGAACAUGCAAAUGUAAAUAAAAGUUUAUUCAAGA